UUUGAUGUUUAAUAGUUCUCUGCAAUUUUAUCCGACUAUCAGUUCAUUAAAUUCAAGUGACAUCCAGUGAUUUUACCAGUUUUGCAUCAUUUUAGGAUUAGAGUUUCCAGUAUUUCCACUUUUUUAUCACCUGUUAAUCUGUCUUUAGUUUUGCAGAUCUGGAUGUCCCUUUCGAUAUUUUAUUAUUAUUAUUAUGCUAUUAUAUUUCGAUAUUAACUGUUGAAUCAGUUGAUAUUUCCUUUUAGUGAGUGUGAAAACUUUCAGCUACUUCUUUAAAGUUGGUGAAUUCAUCGCAAGUGGCAGUUUUUUUGACCAAAAAUCUUGUUAAGAACGUGUUUAAUACUAUAAUAUUACAUAACGAUGGAGAAUAACAUGUGUUCCAGAUUAAAAGACAGUGGAAAUUUCAUAUUUUUGGCUCUCGUACUUCAUGGAAUUGGUAUACUUAUUCCAUGGAAUAUGGUUAUAAAUUCUGGAAAUUUUUACAUCAAUUAUAAAUUAAAUGUGGCUUCAAAUGUGACUUCAGAAGCUCAUCACAUGACAUGGAUAAGACAGAACUUUUACAGUAUCAUUGGAACUUCUUCUCAAACACCAAACUUAAUUGUCACGGCUUUGAAUAUUUAUUUUCCGGCCAAGGGUGGUUAUAAAGGCUUAACUAAACGAAUAACGGUUUCCAUGAUUAUUAUGAUAAUCUCUCUGCUCUUAAACAUAACGUUUGCCUUGAUUGAUAAUAAAGGUUGGCCUUUGACAUGGUUUUUUCUACAAUUGAGCAUCUUCAUCGUUCUCUAUGUUGCCAACGGAGUUUAUCAAAAUUGUUUUUACGGAAUUGCUGGUAGAUUACCGAUGAAAUAUUCCAAUGCAGUUGUUAUUGGUAGCAAUGUUUGUGGAACCCUGGUAUCGAUCAUGGCCAUAGCUUCUCAUGCCAUUUCACCAAACCCACUGACUGAAGCCGUUCUUUACUUUUCAGUUGCUACCUUGAUUGUUAUCGCAUGUUUCAUAGUUUUAUUCUUCCAUGAAUUAAGUGCUUUCUAUUGUUAUUAUAUGGAGAGAAGUGAAGUGACAGAAUCUGCUUUACCCAAAGAAAACGAGGAAGUACCUUACCGGCAAAUAUUUUGGAAAAUAUCAGUCAUGUGUUUUAAUAUAUUCUUCGUAUUUUGGGUGACCCUAUUUGUUUUCCCCACCGUUACGGGUAACGUUGUUCCUAGAGAUGGAGUGUUUACUAAAGAUGAUAAAUGGUUCGGACAAAUAUUCAACUUCCUUAUUUUCAAUGUUAGUGCCAUGAUUGGAAAUUUAGUUCCAGAAUAUCUUCCUUGGACCAAUUUGCCGCCAAAUAAAGUUUGGAUUUAUGUUGUCGCUCGGAUCAUUUUUAUACCAUUCUUUUUCACCUGUAAUUAUUUACCUACCCAACGGACAUUACCGGUUGUUUUUGGGGACAUUGCAUUUGCAAUAGGAAUCUUCUUUUUCGGUUUUACUCACGGCCAAGGAUCAAGUUGGGCAAUGAUGUAUGCUCCAGGAUUUGUUGAGCCAAAACACGCUGGUGUUGCUGGAAUGAUGGCAGCGUUCUUCUUGGUUAUGGGCCUUUUUGCUGGAGUUCACACUGGAUUUGCAGCUCCACUUAUUGUUAAAACUAAUGUUUUUUAAAAAAUUUUAUCAAUUUUCUUAAUAUGCUCAAGAGCUUUACUCAUCUCCAAACAGAUGAAAGAACAUCUUAAUCUUAACAUUACUAAACAGAUAUUUGUUUAGUAGCCUUAAAAUUAUAAAAAGAAAGAGUUGUUAACAAAUUUUUAAUAGAGCAACUCAAUGAUAGUACAAUUAAUUUCUAAUUCAUCUGUUUAAAUCUGAUAUUAACUAAUCUCAACUUGGACUCUAAAAAGCAACACAAUCCUUGACAAACUCGUUUCUUUUUCUACGAUAAAUUAAAACUUUAAUCAUGAAAAUGAUAUGUACUUUUCUGUAACAUAAUAAUAUGAAGUAAAAUAAAAAGGCAAAAUAAGUUAAUUACCGAGAAAAAA